UGAAGAUCCUCCGAUCAUGGAGGAUGUUGAUCUGUAACCAGCAGCAAACUUUCUUCACUCUCUCACUGAACCUGCUUCAUUAACCAGCCUCGGAUUCACAGGUUGCCAGAUCCUCUACCACGAACUCCCCCUAUAUAAUUGACAUGUGUUGGUAAAAUGGCUGCUGAGCUGUUUCCUGCUAAAGAACUGCCCACUGUCAUGCCCAUCGCCACUGGCACCACUGUACAACAGUACCAACAGCAGAACGUCAGCAACAACAACAACAUUCAAGGAUGUAACUGGCAAGGCUUGUAUCCCACAAUCAGAGAACGGAACGCAGUCAUGUUCAACAACGAGCAGAUGGCCGAUAUUCACUUUGUGGUGGGACCACCCGGAGGUACCCAGAGAGUGCCAGGACAUAAGUAUGUGCUGGCUGUGGGAAGUUCUGUAUUUCAUGCCAUGUUCUAUGGAGAGCUGGCUGAAGAUAAAGAUGAGAUUCGGAUCCCUGAUGUGGAACCAGCUUCCUUCCUGGCCAUGCAGAAAUAUAUUUACUGUGAUGAGAUUGACCUGUGUGCAGACACCGUGCUCGCCACACUGUAUGCUGCUAAAAAGUACAUCGUUCCACACUUGGCUCGUGCUUGCGUCAACUUCUUGGAGACCAGCCUGAGCGCUCGCAAUGCCUGCGUCCUGCUGUCUCAAAGCUGCCUGUUCGAAGAGCCCGAUCUCACACAGCGAUGUUGGGAGGUCAUCGACGCACAGGCAGAACUCGCCCUCCGAUCGGAGGGAUUCUGCGACAUCGAUGUUCAGACCUUGGAGAGCAUCCUGCGGCGGGAGACACUCAACGCCAAAGAGAUGGUGGUGUUUGAUGCGGCAUUGAGCUGGGCGGAGGCAGAGUGUAAUCGACAAGAACUACAGCCAACGAUCGAGAAUAAGCGGCUUGUUUUGGGAAAGGCCAUCUACUUGAUUCGGAUCCCGGCAAUGGCGCUAGAUGAUUUCGCCAAUGGUGUGGCGCAAUCCGGUGUGCUAACGCUCAACGAAACCAACAAUAUUUUCUUGUGGUACACAGCGGCGAAGAAACCCGAGCUCAAGUUCGUCUGCAAACCACGAAAAGGUUUAACGCCGCAAAAGUGUCACCGGUUCCAGUCUUGCGCGUAUCGUAGCAAUCAGUGGCGAUACCGCGGACGAUGUGACAGCAUCCAGUUUGCUGUGGACAAACGUGUCUUUAUUGCUGGGUUCGGGCUGUACGGUUCCAGCUGCGGUUCGACUGAGUACCAGGCCAAGAUUGAGCUGAAACGGCAAGGCGUGCCGCUCGGCCUCGCCAUCAUCAAAUACUUCUCAGACGGUUCCAGUAACACAUUCCCCGCGUUCUUCGAGUACCCAGUGCAGAUAGAACCGGACACGUUCUACACUGCGAGCGUGGUUCUGGAUGGGAACGAGUUGAGUUAUUUUGGGCAGGAAGGGAUGACGGAGGUGCAGUGUGGAAAAGUGACCUUUCAGUUCCAGUGCUCGUCGGACAGUACCAACGGGACGGGUGUGCAGGGAGGGCAGAUCCCGGAACUCAUCUUUUAUGCCUGAGAGAGAAUAUGGAGCGUCCUGUUCAUAAACGGACAGCGUAGAUAAAAAUGGUUAUUUUUGGUUUCUUAAUGAAGUGCUGCUCACAUUUUGCACAAAGGCUGCAAAAAGUGAGAAUAAUAAAGAUUAUAGUACACUGGCUAUAUAUAGUACACACUAUAGUCUAUUUUAAAAGUGUUAGUGCACCCAAAAAUUACACCUCUGUUAUUCCAAUCCAUAUGACUGUCUUUCUGCCGUAGAACACAAAAGGUGAUGUUUUGAAGAAUGUCCAGGCUGUCAAGUGCCAUAAAAGUAAUCCAUAUGAAUCUGUGUGCGGUGCUAUAUUCCAAGUCUUCUGAAACCAUAUGAUAGCUCUGUGUUAAUAACGAGACUAUGUGGUGAAUACUUUUUUAGGUUGUUUUUUGGUCCUUUUGUGUUCCAUGGAAGAGAGAAAAUCGUACACUAAACACUCCACACUAAUCUUUCUAAAAAGUUACUUUGGUUAAGCGUGACUGCUAAAUGUAAAUGUAAUCUUCGUGUAACAGAAUUUCAACACUAAUAAAGCCAGAUUUGGUCGAGUUCUACUCUUGAAUGGACCUUUUUCACACCAGGUUUUGAAACGCGGAAGUAAACGUUUGCAGGGUAAACUUUGACAGCGUUGAAUGAGAGAUCACAGCAAAUAUUAUUUUCACAUUAUUACAUUUGAAUGAGGCUGAUAAAUAUGGUGGAAACGCGUCACCACUAUCUGUGAAAAAGUUCUAUAUUCAUGCUGUUGAUGUUUACUGCUCUGACCAAAAGCAGACAUGUUGUGUCUCUAAUAUCUUAAAAUUGAACCUGUGAAAUCACACGCUCGAUUUAUUAUAUAGAAUCAUAUUUGUAUCAUUUUUGUAAGUUAUUGUUAAGAAAUAUUUACUAAACUCUAGUAUUUGUAUUUUUUUGUUUUUUUUACUUCACACAUGAAGCACAAGUUCCUCACUAAAACCAUAUUAUACAAAAAUAUUUUUCUCUAUGUAAUAUUCAUGUAAUCCUACAUUUUCUUUAUAUUAGUCUUUAUAUUCUUGUGCAAUGACAUUUUUUGUAAGUAACAUGAAGUUAUGAGGGGUUGUAAGUAAGACUAUGAGAGAUACUUAGUGGUACUUGCCAAGCAUCACUAUUAGCUACUAUUGCUCAUUUCAGGGUUAUGAUUUGAACAUGCACACAACUUUUAUCGUUUUCCAAAGUAUGAGAUUUUUUUUCAAACGUUCCAUUUCAGUGGAGAAAAAUAAAUGGCAUUUUAAUGUGGAUGAGACAAUGUGAAAUUCACUUUUUAUAUGGACUCGAGGGUUUCGUUUUGGGCUAUAGUAUCCACCUUGAAAACGCUAUCAUGGUCACGGCGAGAUUUGCAAAGGCAAGCACCACGUGGACCUUAUUUACAGUAGUGGCAUCUUUCAUUUUUGAUGGGAAUGACUUUGAGGCUGUGAGGGGAUAGAAUAGCCUUUCCUUCCAGUCUUUUUACUUCAAUGGGUUGUUCUGUUGUUUAAAGUGUUUUGAAUUGUCCACUGAUAAAACAUUAAUACUCAGUAACGUUUCGCUAAUGUCAUAUUGGACUUACAGUGACACCUAGUGGUGUGGAUGCAGCAUCAUUCAAAAUCAAUAGUUGCCGUUUAUAGAAGCCAUUGUAGAAAUUCACUUUUCACAAUCAGCCAUCAAUAACAAGACCGUUACUGAGAUUAAGCGAAUAGCAUUCAGCUGGUCAUGUGUUUAUUAAAUGGCAGCCCCCAUGAGGGCACCCCUGCCCCAUGUAGAAUGAAACCACUUUUAUAAGGUUACUGAUAUGACUAAAGUCCUCAUCUCAUGUGAGUGAUCAUGAUUUUAUACAUAUGUCUCAAAAUUACAAUUAAUUUAUUAAGAGUUAUUGAAAAUGAGAUGUGAUCUAGGAGCUUAAUACAGCGCAUGCUCUCACAGCCUUGCUUUCUCUCAAAUAUGGUGCUACUGUGAAUAAGGUCUAUUGAAAUAUAAAAAUCGAAUUAUUCCUGUGGCUCUCUAAUUCAUGUGGCAAACAAGACUUUUUUUUUUUUUAACAGACUUCAUUCUAGCUCUUUCAAGUGGCUUAUAUUUUCAUUUGUGGAUGUCAAAGUCAAACUUUAAUCACACUAUUUUCAUAACGUUGGUGUUUUUGUAACACUGUGGCACAAUCUAGAUUCAUCAUUUCAUUCUUGAAAUGCUACAUUUAGUUUUUGGAAUGCCAUGGAAUUUAAGGAAUAUUCUAGUUAAAGGAAUGUUCCAGUUAUUGACAGUAUUUGUGGCAUAAUAUUGAUUACCACAAAAGUUCAUUUUGACUCGUUCCUCCUUUUCUUUAAAAACAGCAGACAUGGAGGUUACAGUGAGGCACUUACAAUGAAAGUGAAUGGGGUCAAUUUUUAGUGGGUUUAAAUGCAGAAAUGUGAAUCUUAUCAUUUUAUAAAAUCACUUACAUUAAUUCUUCUGUUAAAGCUUGUGUUUUAUUUGAGCUGAGUUGUUUAAAUUGUAAUUUUUUUGAGUUGUUUAGAAGUGUACAGCAUUAUGUCAUCAUGGCAGUGACAUUGUAAAAUUGGCUUUAACUUUACACAGAAAAGGUUGCUAACCUUUUAUCACACUAAAAUCAUGUUACAAGGAUAUUGUAUGUUUUGUGUCACCUACACUUUUGAACCAGUCUUUUAAUAUAUUUCAAUUAGUUCCAUUCACUUCCAUUGUGAGUGCCUCAUAACACAGGUUUUACUUUUUUUGUAAAGAAAAGGAGAAAAAAGUCCAAAUAAAUGUGUUGUGGUAAUCACCAUUAUGCCACAAAUGCUGUUGAUUGAGCUUGGAUUGAACCUGGAAUGUUCCUUUAACUUUAUAAGGUAAAAUCGAAUUAUCUGUUAUAUAGAAAUUGUGCCUUUUCUAGAUGUGUAUUGAUCUAAAUAAAAAAAUUAAAAGCAGUUCUUAGACUGUAUUUACAGCUGAUAUUCAUGGAUCAAGAAUUGGGAUGUUUUUGGUCAUAUUCGCUGUUAAAGGUCAUUCAUUCACAUCUGUAUUAUGAUAUACCUGGCACAGGGGCCGAAACCGGUUUCAUCUGUAAUGUAGAAAACAGAGGUGCUCCAAAAGUGCCAAAAGAGUUUUUGAAUGUACGAGUGGCAUUUGUGUCAAAAUGAAUAAUAAAAUACUGUAACUCCAAACUGUACAUGACUGUGUUUAAAGAUGUCACACUGAAACUUCCAUCUUGCUGGCUACAUCUUGUCCCAUUCACUUCCAUUGUAAGUGCUUCACUGUAACCCGGAUAUUUGGUUAUCAACAAUAUGCCACAAAUGCUGUCGAUUGUGCUUAACUUGUACUGAACCCGGAAUAUUCCUUCAUCUUAAGUUAAUGCAAUUGGUAAGAUGAAAUAAGAAUUAACAAACUACAUUUUUUUAAUAUUGGGUAAUGUUCAAAAUAUAACGUCUAAUGUUAAAAUAUGUGUUUUCUAAUUUUAUGCAACUCCCUUAAAUUA